AUGUCUCUUGGAAAAGUUAUAACGCUCUCGUCGAAAGCCCCCAUGCCCCAGAUCGGGCUCGGGACAUGGCUCUCCAAACCCAAAGAAGUCGAAUCAGCGGUUGAGAUCGCCGUGCGCAAUAACUACCGUCACUUGGAUCUAGCAAUGUGCUACGAGAACCAGGAUGAAGUGGGCGCCGCUUUGAAGAAAGUGAUUCCGUCAGUCGUUAAGCGGGAGGACCUGUUCUUGACGUCGAAACUCUGGAACACGGGCCACCGACCGGACCAAGUAGAAAGAGAGCUAGAUGAGACUCUCAACCAGCUCGGCGUAGACUACUUGGACCUCUACUUGAUUCAUUGGCCCGUCGCAUUCGUUCCCGGAAAGGGCACCCUCCAGCCCAAACACCCGUCGAAGGAGGAGGCGUACCUGGACCUCGAGCCAUCGAUCGUCGAAACCUGGAAGGCCAUGAUCGCGCUCCCCAAGUCGAAGGUCCGAAACAUCGGUGUCUCCAACUUCACGAUCGAACACAUCAAGGCACUUAUCAGUGCCACUGGCGUCGUACCGACUGUCAACCAGAUCGAGGCGCACCCCUUGCUUCCCCAGGAUGAGCUCGUCGCGUUCUGCAACGAGAACGACAUUAAGAUCACGGCGUACAGUCCGCUCGGAAACAACUUGGUCGGAAAGCCCAAACUCACCGACUACCCAGUCGUGCAAGAAAUCGCCCAGAAGCUCGGUGCUACUCCCGCACAAGUGUUGAUCGCAUGGGGGGUAUACCGUGGAUAUAUCGUCAUCCCUAAGAGCGUCCAGGAAGAGCGCAUUAUCUCCAACUUCAAGCAGAUCGAGUUGAGCAAAGAAGACUAUGAAGCAGUUUCGGCGGUCGGGAAGGACAACUAUACAAGGUUCAACAUUCCGUACACCUACAAGCCCAAGUGGGAUAUAAACAUCUUCGACGAGCCCAUCGAGAAGCAGGCAACCAACAAAGUCAAGAUCAAUUAA